AUGAAAAAUGUGAUUAAGUUUCUGAUGCCCACUAAUAUCUCCCUGGCAAAUCCAGCUUCAGCUGGGACUGAUUUGGUUUACAAAUCUACAGAGUACAAGGCUGCCUCAGUGCUGUUGGUAUUGACAAUAUGUGGAACUGGAAUCAUCGGGAAUAUUAUGGUGGUGCUGGUGGUCAUGACCACUAGACAUAUGAGAACCCCAACCAACUGUUACCUGGUCAGUCUUGCAGUGGCUGAUCUGAUGGUCCUAGUGGCUGCAGGAUUACCUAAUAUUUCUGACAGUCUGAUUGAGGAGUGGAUCUAUGGGCAUGUGGGCUGCUUGGGUAUUACCUACCUUCAAUACUUGGGGAUCAAUGCGUCAUCAUGUUCCAUCACUGCAUUCACUGUGGAAAGGUACAUCGCCAUCUGCCACCCAAUAAAAGCACAGUCCAUAUGCACAGUCUCCAGAGCCAAGAAAAUCCUAACGUUUCUUUGGGUAAUUACCUCCUUCUAUUGCAUGCUGUGGUUUUUCUUGGUGGAUCUCAACAUCAACAGCAGGCAGAAUGCUGAAUGUGGCUACAAAGUCUCCAGGAAUCUGUACUUGCCCAUCUACUUCAUUGAUUUCACCAUCUUCUAUGUGAUCCCUUUGAUUGUGGCCACAGUGUUGUAUGGUCUGAUUGGGCGAGUCCUUUUCCUCAGCCCCAUUCCAAACCAAGUUAAUUCAGGACCCGAGCAAUGGAGGGAGUGUCGUGGGUCAGAGCGAAUCAUCUCCCACUCUCCCAGCCGGACAAGCAAGGGAUCCGUCUCAUCCAGAAAACAGGUCACGAAGAUGCUUGCUGUGAUUGUUAUUCUGUUUGCUGUACUCUGGAUGCCGUACAGAACAAUUGUCGUAGUCAACUCCUUCAUGGACAAGCAAUACGAGAAUGUUUGGUUCCUUUUAUUCUGCAGACUAUGCAUCUAUGCCAACAGUGCUAUCAAUCCUGUCAUUUAUAAUCUAAUGUCUCAGAAAUUCAGAUCUGCUUUCAAAAAACUGUGCAACUGUAGCCAAGAUAACAUUCAGCAGCGCCCAUUGUAUACAACUGCUCCUAAUUACAGUGCGGUUCAUGAUACAGUCACAGAGAGCCCUGAAUUUAGUGGCAAGCAACACUGUGAAAAGCAGAAUGAUCAGGAGAAAGACAACAUAAAAAUGGAAGAUGUGACAUCUACAAUAAAAGACCAGACAUACUCCAGUGUUUAA